AUGUCAGCACCCGAAACACGUCGGCCACGAGGCAGUGUGAAUCGGGAACCCUCUCCGGGCGAACCCCGUACACCUGCAGCUGUUAGUGUACGCCUGGAGCAUGGAGAACCGGCAACAAAGCGUCGAAAGACAAGGCUGGCCUGUGACGAAUGCCGCAACAAGAAAAUUAAGUGCGAUGGAGUUCGACCGCUAUGUGGCGCCUGUACGAAAAAGGGUUGGUCCGAGCAGAAGUGUGUAUACAAUAAUGCCGAUCGGAGAGAUUGGGCAGGCAUGAGACAACUCGUUGGGCAGCUACAAGGGAGAAUCAGGUCUCUCGAGCAUGAAAUUGCAGAGCCCAUGCCAGGCUCAGAAUCUCAAGUCCUUGUGUCCAGACCCCCACAACAGCAGCAUCCUGUCUUGACAGGAAGCGAUUACUCUCGAUUACUCUACGAUGUAGGCAUCGCCUUUUUCAACUGCAGCGACGAAACCUUGCCUAUGCAAACGUCUGUGGCCCCGAACCGCCAAGAUCCAACUCAAUUACUAUAUCACCCCAAGGAAUCUCAAAUCUCUGCGUCUCAAGACGUUUCUCUGACAUCGUCUAGGAUAGCAGACUGCCCGGAUAAUUCUACUGUUCCUGAGCGAGAUGACUCUAUCUCCAUCCAUGACAGGUCCAGAGGUGUAAGUGCCAUUGUAGGAGCUGUGACAGGUGAAGAACAGAAUCACAGCUUCCAUGGAACCUCCUCCGCCGUGACUUUUAUGCAGGAGAUUCGUCAGGCGAUCAACGCACGGGUUGGAGUCUCCCCAGCGAGUGGGCAUGAUGGGUACCAGAAUAAUCAAACAUUUAACUAUGUCAGUCACCAGCAACGCUCAUCGGCCGGCUUUGUGAGGAAGCGUCUAGCUUCUGACUACGUUUUGCCGCCCCGGAAACUGGCGGACGAACUCUUUCAGACCUAUUGGGUAUACGUAUAUCCCCUCUACCCAUUUUUGGACAAGAAAAGCUUCAUGCAGAGCUAUAACAGCAUCUGGACGGGGGAUUGGCCGAGUACGUCAACUUCUUCAUCUUCCACUCCCGUAUUAGGUGUUGAUGAACCUACGGCAAUUUGCACUUUCAAUAUGGUUCUUGCGUUAGCUUGUCAAUAUUCGCAUGCAGUAGAGGAAGAAAGUCGUCGCGACACAGCGAAAACUUUCUUCUUUCGUGCCAAGGAUUGUUUGCAGUUCGACCCUGUAGAUUCAUCAAACCACUCAAUUCAUUUAGUGCAGGCAUUGCUUCUGUUUGGACAAUAUUUGCAAAGUAUCGGAAGCCCUCAUGAAGCGUGGGGGGCGAUAGGAGUGGCUACGCGAAUUUGCCACGAGCUGGGGUUUCAUCUGAAAAAUGAAAGUACUAUUCAGACUGUGAGGGAGAGGGAGACUGUCAGACGAGUGUACCACGGUUGCGUAAUGAUGGACAGGAUGCUGUCUAUGAACCUCGGCCGUCCGCCCAUGGUGUCAGUUUCCAUGGCAGACUCAUUGCCAUUGCCGUUGGACUUUGACGAGGAUUGGGAGGAUGGUAGGGAUAAUAGAACAGCCGAGACUUCGGAACGAGCUUCUAAGGGCCCAUCAACGUUAUCGUUCUUUACACACUCUGCUAAACUCUACAGCAUUAUGCAUAAAAUACUGUUGUCCAUCUAUCCCGAUGAGAAAGUUGAGUUGUUGGAUGAUUCUGAGCGAUACUUCAUAGGGCUUGAGCCCACCUUUCAAAUCGAUCACGACUUGACGAAAUGGUGUAGGUCAAUACCAGACCACUUGAAGAUAAAUCCGGCUCUUGACUCUCAACCAAUUGAAGAGCAACGUUCCACGUUUUGCAGACUGAGUUUUAUUCUUUGGGCGAGAUUUCUUCAUGUUCGUCUCUACCUCUUACGACCUAUAUUCGCUAGGUUCUGCAUAUACUCCCAGAUUGCACAUAACCAUAAUAAUCAUAUCGCGGGGACCACGGAUCAUUAUGCUGUAUCACAAAUACCUAGUUACGAUAUGAUUAGUUACCGAAUGGCACUGCAAUGCUCCAUUCUAUGCGUCAAGACCGCCAGAGAACUUAUUGCUGUCAUAUGUAAACAAUUCACAGCAGAACGUUCAUGGGGCCGAAAACCAUCAUGGCUAUUAAGCGUUUUACAUGUCUACCUCGCAGCUGCAGUGCUCAUAGCAAUCCGCCUGCGGCCCGAUAUUCCCUGGGAGGUCACUGAACCUGAGAUCGAGGCUUCAUGGACGUCCGCAUUAGAAAUCCUUCGCGACUAUCGAAGCGAUAGCCGAUCUGCCCAGCGUUGCGUUGCGGCGCUCGAGAUCCUCCACGAAAAGCUGUCAAGUAAUUCACAGCUCGGCCAGGCUCAACAGGAGCAGAGGCAUUGGCAGGGUGACCUGGCUGAAUUUGAGACACAAUUUCGACUUGAUCAGGGGUAUCAAACCCUAGAUGGAGCGACUGGAGCGUGGAAUUGGGACUAUAAGCAGACUUGGUUAGAGGAUUUUAUUUUUCUUGACCCGUUGAACAUAUGA